AUGGCUAUCAAGUUCUUCAUCCAGAAAGACAUCCCCCACGACAUCCAGACAGAGGUCUGCGAGACAAUUGCUGCUCUUGGGGGAAGAGUAGAGUCCAAAGUACCGCGUGCCGGGUUCAUCCUCAUACAACCCGGCACCCCGGAAGAGGAACGCCUUCGACUCUGUUGGAACAGCCCUGACAGGCCAGAUCGAUACUUUGUGCCAUACACUUUUGUCGAAGCAUGCAAGGUCCAGGGGAUGCUUUUAAGGCAGAUUUUUAUCCAUGAUGGCCAGCCCAUUCGCAUGCACAUCGACCCGAGUAUCGCAAACGUGAACGUGCGCGCUGCGCUUAGCCAACGUAUUCUGCAUUCUGGAGGAGAUCCCUCCGCGUCCCCACAGUCCGCCAGAGUCAUCUUGGCGGACCCGAACACCGAGGUUUUCCAACACUUGGUCAAGACUUAUCAGAACGAGCAGGACAAGUUUGUCGAAUCGUACCUCUGGGUGAAGAGAUGUAUCGAGAAGGUGUAUGUGUCUUACACGCCGUUGGUGUACAAGAAUCCUGGUGGGCGCAGAGCUGGCGAAGAACGGACACACUUCACUGAAGAGGACGAAACACACUUAUGCAACUGGAUUGCGAUGAAGAUUCCCUUCAAGGAGACAGGGGGUAGAACUGGCAAUCGCCUCUACCAACAACUGUGCGACAUGGCUGGCGAUCCCGACUACUCGUGGGUUACUCGUCAUACGUGGCAAUCCUGGCGUGAGAGGUACAAGAAAAACGCGGCACGGCUAGAUGUGAAGAUCGCUGAGAUCGUGGCACGCAAUAAACCAGUGGUUGGUGAGAAGGGCCAGUAUGGCUACAUCCGCAAGCCAGAAGAGAAGGCGAAGCGCAACAAGCGGAAAGGACGCGACGGCGAGACUGGUCCUUCCAACGAGGAGCUCGAAUUCAUCUCCGCGUCACCUACCCUUGCACCGGUGCCUGGGCAACAACCCAUCACAUCCAGUGGCAUACCGGGUCCCAGCGCGUUUGAUCCUGUUUUGUACGAUCCGAGGCUUGGUCCACCGCCGAAUUUCGCACCACCGCCACCGCCCCAUAUCCCUCCGCCAGAAGUCGUUGUGGCGCGUCAGCACGCCGCUGAAGAGGAAGACGACGAAAACGAAUGGCGUACCCGCGAAGGUCAGGAUCCCCCGCCGCAACUUGCCCGGAGGGCUGAGGAGGAAGAGGAGCCCCCUAAAAAGAGACAGCGGUCAACGUACGCAACCUUCCCUUUUUCGGAUGACCCUGGCGUGUACACUGUCGCCCCAGUUGUGCUAGAUAUCGCCAAUGAGUACCUGUUCACCGUCAAGGAAGUGAAGGAGUUUUACGACAAAUGCGGCGGUGAUGUGGAGCGUACCAGGAGCCGCUUCCGGAGGUUCAGGGAGCUUUUAUCCCAAUUGCCAGACUAUCAUGUCCCAGAGCUUCUACCGCCAGCGCAGGACGGACAGCCUGUACUAACGAGUCAGCCGCUGCAAGUUGAUCAGCCUGUAAUCAAUCAUAUACCCGCUUCAAAUCCGCCGCCUCAGCUCAACCAGGCUGCCCAAGGCCAAACAGACCAGAUGCCACCGCUGGCCCAGGUACCCCCUCCCAAUCACCUUUCGCAAGUCACUCAGUUACUCAGUAUGUCCCAGCCCACACCAACUGUCCCCAUGCUGUAA